AGUUGUUUAGUGCGCGCGCUUCACUCAGAGGAGCUGCGCGCGCGAGGCGUGUAGUCGCGAGCAGGUCUGAAAAUUUAUAAUAUAUUUUUUGUUUGUUUGUUUGUAACGGUCAAAGCGUCGACAUUUCGGAUCCGAAAUCCGGCGCGGAGGAGUAAUGGUCGGAAUUUCGGGCACUUUCCAAUUAUAAACGGCCUUGGAAAGAGAUGCAGAGGCAGAAGGUAACCUUGACAAGUGAGAACAGGUCCUGCAGUCCAACCUGAGGAAAAGCAUGCUCCUACGCAGUCUCUUCUUACUGCCAGGUGUUCCCAGCACACUACAGCUGAGCCACCUGCAAAGCACAGACAGUGGAGAGAAGAAGGUUCUUGCCAUGCCCGGUUCUCCAGUGGAUGUAAAGACUCAUUCCAGACCGGCAGUAUCCGCCAUGCCCCCUCUUCCCUCAGUCAACCCCAGCGGGCCCCGGCCUGCCGCCUUUUCUUCCACAGCAUUGACCAAUGGGAUGAACCAUUCUCCACCAACCCUCAACGCUGUUCCCUCCCCGCCUCAGCGCUACAGUAAUGGGCCAUCCUCAUCCUCUUCUUCUUCAUUGGCCAAUCAGCAGCUUCCAGCCACAUGUGGUGCUAGGCAGCUUAGUAAACUGAAGCGGUUCCUCACUACAUUGCAACAGUUUGGCAACGACAUCUCGCCUGAGAUUGGAGAGAGUGUGCGGAGCUUGGUCCUUGCCUUGGUGAAUUCCACAGUCACUAUUGAGGAGUUUCAUUCCAGACUACAAGAGGCCACUAAUUUCCCUUUAAGACCAUUUGUCAUCCCUUUCUUGAAGGCGAAUCUGCCAUUGCUUCAGAGAGAGCUGCUGCAUUGUGCACGAGCAGCUAAGCAGACUCCAGCACAGUAUCUGUCCCAACACGAGCACUUGCUGCUCAGCACAGCUGCACCUUCUCCCGCAGACUCCACCGAGCUACUGCUAGAGCCAAGUGACCACAGCAAGAGACACAGCCCUAGCAGAGCCAAAGAAAAUGGCUUCCACGAGCGACCCCCAGCGCCAUUAGAGCCUCCAGCCAAGCGGAUCUGCACCAUUAGCCCUGCCCCCAGACAUAGCCCUGCCCAUCCCGUGCCACUCCAGAUUCACCCGACCCCACCCCCUCUCCAGCACUACGCCCUGGAUGACAUCAGCACCCCACACCUGUACAGAGAGCCCCAUCGCAUCCUGGAGCUCAGAGAGCUGAAGGACAGGCCACGACUACCAGGUUCUAAUGGGGGCUACCACGAGGAGCCAGUCGACCACAGACUGACUGAGAGAGAGUGGGCUGACGAGUGGAGACAUCUAGACCAUGUGCUGAACUGUAUCGUGGACAUGGUGGAGAAGACGAGACGUUCAGUGAGCGUCCUGAGGCGCUGUCAGGAAUCAGACCGUGAGGAGCUCAACUACUGGCGACGGAGGUCCAGUCAGCUCGACGGUGCACGCAAGAGCGCUCCAACUCCCAGCGCUGUGUCCUUCUCCAAAUCACACAGUCCACUCUCUGCUGAUGCAGUCAGCUCCGAUCCUCAGCGGGAGCUCUCUCUGCAUGCUGGCCCUGGCUAUGUGCCUGAUGAGAUCUGGAGGAAAGCUGAGGAAGCGGUGAACGAGGUGAAGCGGCAGGCAAUGGAUGAGGUGCAGAAGGCAGUAGCUGAGGCAGAGCAGAAGGCCUUUGAAAUGAUCGCAGCUGAGAGAGCAAAGAUGGAAAAAACUCUGGCUGAAGCCAAAAGGAAAGCCACAGAAGAUGCAAUUCAGGUCAUCAACGAACAAGAGGACUCCAGUGAGUGCUGCUGGAACUGUGGCCGGAAGGCGAGUGAGACGUGCAGUGGGUGUAAUGCGGCUCGCUAUUGCGGCUCCUUCUGCCAGCACAAAGACUGGGAGCGUCACCACCUGAUCUGCAGCCCGGGCCUCCAAGCUCAACCCAAAGCAGUGUCCGCUCUUAACACACGCGUCCUGACCAAAGCCCCUGAGAGCGGCCCAGCCCAGAGCCCCAGCCUGGAAAAAACCUCCAACACCUCACGAGCCUCUACCCCCCCAAGCCCCUCCUCAGCCUCCACCCCUGACACUAACACACAUUAGAGGAAACGCUAAAGAAGAGAUAUGGACAUAUUACAUCUCAGUGACAUGAAAAAGGCUAUAAACAUCAGAAAACCAUGCAAAAGGAGCCAAAUCAGUAAACUCAUUAAUUUGAUAUUUCACACAAAUGAUGGGAGUAAUGGCUUAUUGUUUUCAGUUGGACAAAAAGACUGUUUGGAUAUAUAUUUUUUUUUUUCUUUAAGGACAGCAAACAAUGUGAAGUCACUUUUCUGCAAAGUAUAGCAAUGUUCUGUGUUCUCCAUUCAAGGAAUAGAAAAAAAUAAAUCAUCGGAUGAUUGCUGUAUCUCAGUACUGACUGUUGCGCUGGUGUUUAACGAUUCUUCUUGCACAAAAUAUGUCAGUCAUUUUUGUGAGUGUGAGUAUGUGUGCAUGUUUGUGUACGUACACGUGUGUUUUCUACUGCAUGUGUCGGACAAUUUGAUUGCUUGUAGAGCAAUGUCUGGAAGCAGGAAGACCAUUGCUGGCCAUGCAUCAAGACGGUUUUCAUUUGAUACGAGUCUGCUCUUGCUUUCUAAAAGUACUAUUAACAACUCGACAGAUAGCAAAACAGAAAGUACAAUGGUACGACCACUAACUUGCAUGAAUUCAUGUUUCUGUAUUUUGACCAUGGCUACCAAACCCUGGGGGGUAUUCCACGAAGUGAGUUGUUCAAAUCCAGGCUUCUUUGAAAUAGUCAGGCUUAACCUAGCCAGGCGGGUCACUCCAUGCUCCGCGCUUUCUAAUAAUCUGUGGACCUCCUUAGCUGUUGGGUGGCUUUAUUGCAAUUUGUGAAUGGCACGGAUGGUCCUGUCCCAAAAGGAUAAAGGAGCCGCUAGACUGACUGCUCUGCGCCCUUGGCUAUGGGCUACACGCUCCCUCAUCCACUUGUUUUUUAAUAAACAUAGUUGAUCAUGCAAUACCUUUAAGUGUAGGAUGUAUUGUAUAGCUUACGUUUUGGCCAGUGUAGAUUACCUACUAAUAGCUUUUGUAUGUUCUGAAUAUCCAAGUAUUGAACAUGUGAACAGUUUUAUGGACCUAAUAGUAUGUAGGCUACUUUUAUUUAAAAAAAAAAAAAUCUCUAAUAACGCUUCUAAGGCUGGACAAUGCAUCAUGUAAUAAAAGAUUUGUUCGGUUUGCAUCAAUUUAGUUGGACACUGUGGCAGAAUGUUGGUUUAGUCCAGUGUAACUAUGACGACAUGUUUUCCCCUUCUCUCCAAUGGUAUUGAUCAAGCUAGGAUAAACUUCACAAUUAGCCGGACACAGAGCAGGCUUGUCCAAAAGCAUCUCUUGCCAUAGUAACUGAGUGGGGCUUAAGAUUAUUGAAGCAAGUGACACAAUUAUCCAGGCUUGAGUGACCUGAAAUAAGCCUGGCUUAUCAGGUCAGCUCACUUUGUGCAAUACUCCCCCUGGUCUAGAGGGUCCGGGCUGCAGUGAUGAGCAGUGCAUAAUCACACACAAUGUGAAAACACAUCUGGUACAAAAAUUUGUCUUCAGGACAAAGAUCUUGUGGCCACUUUAGAAGAUAGCAUUGUGUUCCCAGCAAAAGGUGUCAAUUAUCUCAGGUUUUAUGUCUUAAAAUUAAGCUUGUUUGGUUAAAUGUGAGAAUUAAACUUUGGGAUGUUUAAUUUAGAAAUCUGAUUAAAACUACGCCAUGGCUAGGGCUAGGUUUCAUACAAACAGUCCAGUUUGGGCUGUUUACAGCUUGUUCUUUCAUAACUCUUGCACAAAAAUACUCAUUUUGGAUGAUUGACUCUUUUUUUUAAUCAUUAUCUUGACCGUUAUAUUCUCACAAUAGUCUUGGUUAAGAAUGAAUAGGAGGCAGAACCUUAUAAUACUAAGCUUGUGAAAUUGCCCUUGAUAUUAGUUUAUCAUUUUAUACUGUGGUCUAUAGGCCUGUGAUGGGUGGCAUUAACUCGCCAAUUCAAGUCAUUUGACCCCAAUACAGAAAUGUCACGUCAUGUCAUGUCGUAUUUGAUUGACUGCAUAAUUAAUUUUGUGUUAUAUGAUCCUUCAGUGCCAGGUUUAGAGCUCUGUAACAUCAAUAUUGUUUUCCGGUGUCGCCUGUAAGUGUUGCAACUGAAACUAUUUAAAUCUCAGGAGUACAUUAUAUGUAAAUAAGUUUAUUCCCUUGUUCACGUUUAGAGAGGCUAGAGUUUCAUCUUUUUCUUUCUUUUUUUUUUUGGCCAUGUUGGUGUCAACAUUCUUUUCACAUUUUAUGUAACGAAAUAAAUUCCAUUAUUUUUUCAUUAUGAAAUGACUUACCUGUAAAAUAUAAUUAUAAACAAAAAAGAUCUGUAUUUUGGGAGCCAUGUGUCACCAAAAUGUUUGUUUUUUUUCCUCACAAGACACAAAGAGAAUCUUGAUAUGAUGUAGUAAUAAAGAACUAAAUACAG